AUUUUGGUAUCAACUUCAUAGUUUGGUCUAAUAAGAGAAUUGUAGUGUUGGGAAACGCUUGUGCGAAAUUUGUUUAAUUGUUUGAGUUCUGAGGUAUUAAUCUCGAACUCAAUCAUCCAUUUGCAUUUCGUUGGUGUCUCCCACCUACAUCUCUUCGUUUUCUCUCUUCUCUUCUCUUUUUUUUUUUUAGCAACCAAUUCGUUGGUGAAUAAGAAUACCAUGUCGAUGGAACUCCUCUAGUUUUAAUUUGCUUGAUUUGAUCAGCUUUUUCAAACCAAAAAAGGGUUAAAAAAACAAUCUUUUAUAAAUUAAAAAAGAUGGGGAGCAACAUUGAGGAAAGCCAAGAUGAUGUUCAAGUACUCAAGGGAAAGAAAGGUUCUAGCCUGAAGUUGAGGCGACAUGAUUCCUUAGAUGUGGAAGCCAGCAGGAUGCCCGAUGCCAAAAAGGUAGUGGGAUUGUCUGUGAUGCUAAAACUGGCAUUCCAAAGCAUAGGAGUGGUGUAUGGAGAUAUUGGAACGUCACCAUUGUACGUGUUUUCAUCCAUCUUUCUUGGUGGAAUAAAGCACGAAGAAGAUGUACUAGGCGCUCUCUCUCUCAUCUUGUACACGAUCACCUUAAUCCCUGUCGUGAAGUACGUCUUUAUUGUUCUCCAAGCUAAUGACAACGGAGAUGGGGGUACGUUUGCCUUAUAUUCAUUGAUAUGCCGAUAUUCCAAGGUGGGAUUGAUUCCAAGUACAAUGGCAGAAGACAAGGAUGUGUCGACUUUUAAACUUGAUAUGCCCGAUAGACGUACACGUCGGGCAUCUCAGCUUAAGUCGAUGCUAGAAAAGAGCGAAUUUGCAAAGUUCUUUCUGCUAUUUGCCACAAUGCUUGGUACUUCCAUGGUUAUUGGAGAUGGUGUCCUAACGCCCUGUAUUUCAGUUUUGUCUGCUGUUGGAGGAGUCAAAGCAGCUGCUCCAGACGUCAUGACUGAAAACAGGAUCGUUUGGCUUGCAGUAGCCAUCUUGAUAGUGCUGUUUAUGUUUCAAAGAUUUGGAACUGAAAAAGUUGGCUACACAUUUGCACCUAUACUUUGUUUAUGGUUUGUAUUGAUUGCUGGCAUUGGCGUUUACAACUUCGCGAUCUACGAUGCAACUAUUAUCCGAGCUCUUAAUCCUAUGUACAUCGUAGCCUAUUUUCAGAGGAACGGAAAGGAGGCUUGGAUUUCCCUUGGUGGAGUUGUUAUGUGCAUAACAGGAGCUGAGGCACUGUUUGCAGAUGUUGGUCAUUUUAGUGUUCGAUCUAUACAAGUAAGUAUGUGCUUUGUUACAUACCCGGCUCUCAUAUUAGCAUACCUUGGUCAGGCUGCCUAUUUAACGAAACACACUGAGGAUGUUGCUGAUACUUUCUACAAAUCCGUACCACAGAGUAUAUAUUGGCCAAUGUUUGCGGUGGCAGUGUUAGCGGCUAUCAUUGCAAGUCAAGCCUUGAUUUCCGGGACAUUCGCUAUAAUCCAGCAAUCCCUGGCAUUAGGAUGCUUUCCUCGUGUUAAAAUUGUGCAUACAUCAUCCAAACAUCACGGACAAAUCUACAUUCCUGAAAUCAAUAACCUUCUCAUGAUCUGUUGUGUUCUUACCACUAUUGGAUUCAAGACUACCGAAAAGCUUGGCAAUGCUUAUGGAAUAGCGGUGGUGUUUGUGAUGUUCCUAACAUCGUGCUUCCUCGUACUAGUUAUGAUCAUGAUAUGGAAAACUCACAUUCUUCUUAUAAUCGCCUAUUGUCUAUGCAUUGUUUCGGUUGAGCUUAUAUUUCUAAGCUCAGUCCUGUACAAGUUUGAUCAAGGCGGUUACCUUCCACUGGCUUUCGCUAUGUUCCUAAUGCUUAUCAUGUACGUGUGGAACUAUGUGUACCGAAAGAAAUAUCACUACGAGCUAGAAAACAAGAUCUCUCCUGAAAAAGUUAAGGAAACCGUGGACCAGACGAAUUCACAUCACCGCCUUCCAGGGCUUGCAAUUUUCUACUCUGAACUUGUUCAUGGAAUUCCACCAAUCUUCAAGCAUUAUGUGGAGAAUGUGCCUGCUUUACACUCUGUCCUUGUCUUCGCUUCUGUCAAAUCACUUCCCAUAAGCAAAGUGCCACUAGAAGAAAGGUUCCUCUUCCGCAGGGUGAAGCCAUAUGAUCUCUACGUGUUCCGAUGUGUGGUAAGAUAUGGAUACAAUGACAUACGUAAUGAGGAAGAGCCCUUCGAGAAAUUAUUAGUAGCGAGGCUAAAACACUUUAUCAAGGAAGAUUACAUGUUCUCCAUUCAAGCAAACGGAGACGAUCAAGGAGAGGCUGCUUCCUUAAUUGAGAAGGACGUCGAGCUGCUUGAGAGAGCUUCUAAUACAGGAGUGGUUCAUUUGGUAGGAGAACAAGACAUUAUCGCUGGCAAGGGAUCUGGUGUAGCAAAAAGAGUGGUGAUCAAUUAUGCAUACAGUUUCCUCAAAAGGAACUUAAGGCAGAGUAACAAAGUAUUUGAUAUACCAACUAAGCGCAUGUUGAAAGUUGGAAUGACAUGUGAGCUUUAGGAUGUUUUUUUUUUGAAAAAACUAAGGUUUAAAAUAAAUGUGCGGAGGCAACAAGGAGAGGCACCCUACAAUAUUCAACUUCCAUCAAUCAAAAGGUGCUUGCACAAGAAAAAAAUGUUUUGUUUCGUAGUUUUUACUUUGUUUUGUUUGGAUUUUAUAUGGGAUAAGUACUUAUGAAAUUUUGUAAUAGGAUAAGCUAAGUAUUUUAUUUUGUUUUGGAGAAAGAGAAGAUCAAGAUAUGUCUAGAUAAGAAAACAAAUUAGCUAGGGUAGUUGUUUUUGGCUAGCAAAGCAUUUUUGUUUUAUCUUGUACUAUCUUGUAAACGUUUUGUCAGUUUAUAUAUGAUAUAAUAUAUUAGAAUAAAUAGUUAAUUAAAAAAAAA